AUGGCGCCAGGUGCGUCCCAGGUGCCCCAGUACUUUGGCAGCCCACCCACGCCUCCUCCAGCCGACGUGCCAGAGUCCGGCAAGGGGCCGCACACUCCGCCGCCAGCACCUACGAGCACGGGUCUCAAGCUCAAGGUCAGCCAGGAGCUGCUGAACAGCGGUCGAAAGAGGGACCAGUGGUCUGACGAAGGGGAGCACCGCGCCCGCUUGCCCAAGUCGAGGAAAGUGUCCGUGCCUGUGCAGCCACCUCCUCCACCACCACCAGGACCGAGCUACCCGCAACUGCCCGUGCCGCCCUCCGGUGGAAGUGCCAAUCACGUGCCGCCGCAGUUUCACCAGGGCUACGUUCCUGCGCCGCAGUUUUCGUCACCGCCUCCGCCUCAUCAUCCGCCGCUGUACUUUGACCCGCCGUAUGGUCACCCACCGCCUCCUUCCGUGCCAACGUUGCCGGCCGAGGAGAGUACCGCUCCGCCAGAAGUGGCUGCUGUUCCAGCUCCAGCAGUGCCGCCAGCAAAAGUGGAGCCUCGCACUCUUCCACUGCCACCACCCCCUUCGCCCCCGCCGCCGCAGAAGCCAGUCUCGGCAACCCCACCACUAGAACGUACCGGCUUGCACACUUCAUUCAGGAUCUCAACCAGUCCUCUUCGCCAGCCUCAGCCACCGAUCUCUUGA